GGGGGAGGGGGGAGCCACCUGGCCAGCGAUGGACCAAUGCUUAUGGAAGCUUCGCCAGGCUGGCGGGCGUCCCUGCAGCGCCUGUCCGCUCGCCUGGCCAAAAGCGGCCAUGCCACAGCCCACGGCUACGGCGCAGCCGCCCGGGGCCCUUGGCUUCUGGCGCUGGUCUUUCUUGACCUCAUGCCCACGCACCAGGUGACGCCGGAUGUGGUGAGCUUCAACGCUGCCAUGGGCAGCUGGCUGGGGUCGGGAGCGGCAGCUUGGCGCCGGGGCCUGGAGCUGUUGGCGGCCAUGCCGGCGCGGAGGCAGCUGCCCAACGUUGUGAGCUUCAGCGCUGCCAGCUCGAGCCUCCGCUGGCAGCUUGCCGUGCGGCUCCUGAGCGAAGCUUCGCGGGCGGUGCGGGUCAAUGUGAUCAGCUUCAACACGGCCCUCGCCGCGGGCGGCGAGGCCGGCAGGUGGCGUGAAGCUGAGCAGCUCUCAGCGCAGCUUCGAUGGAGAGGCCUCCAAGGUGACCUGGUCACGGCCAACAGCGCUGCCUUUGCCUGCGAGAAAGUCGGCCAAUGGCGGCAGGCAGUUCAUCGGCACGGCGGGGACACCAUCGGCUUCAACUCGGCCAUCAGCGCCUGCCAAAAGGGCGCCCAGUGGCGGCGCGCCUGGCAGCUCUUCGGCGCCGUGGCCGCGCCUAGCGUCGUCACCUGCGGCGCCGCGGCCAACUUCGCGGCCGCGGAGGCGUCUGCCUGGCGCUGGGCGCUGCGUCCGGCGGGGCGUCACCUGAGCCUACGGCCCGGCCUCAUCACCCUGAGCGCCGCCAUCGCCGCGUGCGCGGCCACCGCAGCUUUGUGGGCGCGGGCGGCGCGGCUCUUUGCGCAGCUCAGGGAGGUCCCGCUGGCGCCAGACGAAGAGGCCUUCAACGCCCUGCGGGGCGCCAAGUGCAAGCCCUGGCGCCUCUCUUCGCAGUUUUUCAUCACCAUGCUGGAUGCACGCAUCCCCAUGGAUGCCAUUGGCUGCAAUGUGGCCAUUGCCGCUUGCGAAAAGGGCGGUCGCCCCAGCGAUAUUCUGACCGCGACUGGGCCCAUGAGAGAGAGCGAUGCCUUUCAGCUCUGCCCGAGUUGCUCAUCGCUGGGUGGCUUCAGCCAUUGCAACCAGAAGCCCUGAGCGUAGUUCUUGCUGUGCGACCGAGCAGGUAUCGAUCUCC